AUGAACCCGAUCGCAUUCGACUCGCCCGCGCAGACCGCUGCGUACCUCCGCACGCUCCCCGCCAUCCGCGAGCGGUGCGGGCGCGUGCACGCACUUGCGCAGAAGGGCGAACUGGAGUACUUUGAGUACCAUCCGGAGAAGGAGAGCGACGCGGCUGCGUUCUGCGUCAACAUCAUCAAGCGCGAUUUCGGGACCAACUUCACCUCGAUCCCCCCACACGGCCGCUGGCAGCACCUCGACGCGGGCCGCCCGCGCGUGCGCCCGCUCAUCGCGCAAUGGCGCGCGGGCGCGAACCCGCCAGACGACAGGGAGGUGACGCGCCGCCUCGUCGACCUCUUCCUCGUGUCCGUCCUGCUCGACGCGGGCGCGGGCGCGGCGUGGAAGUAUACGGAGGGGGGCGCGGCGUUUGGGCGCUCGGAGGGGCUGGGCGUUGCCAGCUUUGUGAUGUUCGAGCAGGGGUUCUUUUCGGCGGUCGAGGGGCAGCCGCACCGCGUCGAUGCGGAGGCGUUGGAGAAGAUCACUCCGGCGAAGGUCGCGGCGGCGAUGCAGGUGUCGGAGGCGAACCCGCUCGUGGGCCUCGAGGGACGCACGUCGCUGCUCGUGAACCUCGGAAAGGCACUCAAGGCGAAUGCGACCUACUUCGGCGCGUCCGCGCGCCCGGGAAACCUCAUCGACUUCCUGGAGACGGGUGCGGUCGACAAGACGGUGCACAUAUUCGCGCUGUGGACCGCGCUCAUCGACGGGCUCGCGCCCAUCUGGCCCGCGACGCGCUCGACGCUCGGCGGAGUCUCCCUCGGUGACGUCUGGCCGUGCGCGGCGCUGAAGAAACACGCAGCUCCCGGGGCACCGGAGGGCGACGACCUCGUGCCGUUCCAUAAGCUGACGGGAUGGCUUACGUAUAGUCUGGUCGUGCCGAUCAAGGAGGUGCUUGGGUGGAAGUUUGAGGGGCUCGAGCAUAUGGUCGGGCUGCCCGAGUACAGGAAUGGCGGCUUGUUGCUCGACCUCGGUGUGCUAUCGCUGCGUCCUGGCGCGAUCGAGGCGUCCUUCUUCCCCGACGCCAGCACUGGCAUCCCGAAGUUGCCGCCGUCGCACCCCGCCAUCAUCGAGUGGCGCGCGAUGACCGUCAUCGAGCUGGACAGGAUCGCGGACGAGAUCCGGAAACAGCUCGGAGGACUUACGCGUGAGCAGCUCAGCCUCGCGCAGGUGCUCGAGAGCGCGACGUGGCAGGGUGGCCGCGAGAUCGCGAAGGCGAAGCGGCCUGCGACGGGUGGCCCGCCAAUCGAAAGCGACAGCGACGGCACCGUGUUCUGA